GAGGAGGCACAGCAGCGGCGGGCGACGUCGUGCGCGUGAGGCCCGCUGGUGGCCCCUCCCGUGAGUGGUCGCCCUGGGCUACGGGCAUGGCGUUGGCGCGGCGAGCGCAGCCCCCGUCGGAGGGGCUGCUGCUGCAGCGGCGGCGGGCAGCGCGCUGGCCUCCGUUGCUGUUGCUGUGGGGAGCCCUGUGCCUUUGCCCGCGGCCGGCGGAGGCCCUAGUGGAGGGCUUGUACUGCGGGAAGCUGGUGUGCUACGACGUGCUCGGCGUGAGCCGCGAUGCCAGCAAGGCUGAAAUCGCCCGCGCUUACCGGCAGCUGGCCCUGCGGUACCACCCGGACCGGCAGCGCGAACCGGACCCGGACGGCAGAGGAGUCGAGGGCGCGCAAGAGAAAUUCUUGCUCAUCGCCACCGCCUACGAGACCCUCAAGGAUGAAGAAACUCGUAAGGAUUAUGAUUAUAUGUUGGAUCAUCCUGAGGAGUAUUACAGCCAUUACUAUCACUAUUAUUCUAGAAGAUUGGCACCCAAGGUGGAUGUCCGAAUAGUGAUUCUGGUCACAGUCUGUGCCAUCUCUGUAUUUCAGUUCUUCAGCUGGUGGAGUAGCUACAAUGAAGCUAUCAACUACCUAGCAACUGUGCCAAAAUAUCGUAUACAAGCCACUGAGAUUGCCAGGCAACAAGGGCUAUUGAACAGAGCCAAAGAAAAGGGCAAAAAUAGGCGGUCCAAGGAAGAAAUACGCAAGGAAGAAGAGGAAAUAAUCAAAGGUGUAAUAAAAAACAAAAUAGAUAUCAAGGGUGGUUACCAGAAACCCCAGAUAUAUGACAUUCUUUUAUUUCAAAUCAUUUUAGCACCCCUUUAUCUGUGCAAGUACAUAGCAUGGUAUUGUUGGUGGAUUUAUUCUUUUAAUAUCAAAGGACAAGAGUAUGGUGAAGAGGAGAAGCUGUAUAUCAUACGAAAAUAUAUGAAAAUGUCACAGUCUCAGUUUGACACUUUGGAAGAUCAGCAGAAGGAGACUUUUCUUGAGCGACAGCUCUGGAUAAAAGAGAACUAUGAGGUUUACAAGCAGGAGCAAGAGGAAGAACUGAAGAAAAAGAUGGCAAUGGACCCUCGAUGGAAAAGGUAUCGGCGGUGGAUGAGAAAUGAAGGCCCUGGAAGACUAACUUUUAUUGAUGAAUGAAUUUGCUGAAACUUAAACAGUCCUAUUAUAAAUGAUUGGCAAGAAAAUUCAUACCUAAAAUGUUCAGAGUUUAACUGCUAUGUCACAGCAGUGUUCUAAAACUCAGGAAUUAAUCAAAUCAGGCAGAAAAUUUGUAACAUUUUAUGCUUUUUAUAUAUAAAUAUUUAUAAAAUAAAAACAGAUCUGUUAAUCAUAUAAUUGUUUUGCUCCACUGUUGACCUGGUAACAAAUUAAACAUGCAUCUGAGACUGGAUUGUUACUAUCUUCCAUAUUAGUGUGGUAAUAAACAUACAAAGAGAUAUAACAACAAACAUCAGUUGCCCUAAAAUUUAGGUAUCAGUAGUUAAAGCCUUGAGGACUUGCCACUUAAAACAUGUUGUCUUGACUUGUGCUUUUUAAAUUUUCAAAGCUCAAAGGCAUGUGUCAUGAGGCUUCAGUUUUGUUUCAUAAAGCUAAACACAUUGUAAACAUUUUACGAUGUUUCUCAAAAUGCUGUUUCAGUACCCUUGAAUUAGGGAGGAAAACAGGAGUGAGCACCUGUAGUGAGGAGGGGACAGAGAUAGGUGGGGGGUACUGAGGAAAGCCAGAAGGAAGUGACCUUAGAAGGUAGGUUGGAAGGGGUGAUGGAUGUGUAGUUGUGUCUGAAUAUGUAUAAGGGAGAGAGAGAAUUGUAGGGUGAUCCAAUGGUGCUUAUAUUUGUUUGCCUUUCUGUUAAACAUUAUUUUGUAGCAGCAGUAAAAUUUGUGAGUUCUUAAACAAC